CUUAACGCUUCACCAGCUGCGCGGUACCGGUUUUAGAUUGUCACGAGCUAUCACCGACUCGCCGCGACUCACCGCACGCGCACCGUGCUCUGUUUGCGUAGAUAGAAAUGAAAGUAAACCGUGCCGGUUCCUAGCUGUCUCAAUGCUACCGGCUUUGUCAGUAUUACUCGAACCACAACUCAGAACAGCACGAACAAUUUGAAUUCGUGUCUCAUUUGCUCUCAACCGGAGUUCUUACAAUUCCAUAACAAAGUUCAAAGUCCAGUGCGGAGUGGUCACUUCAUCAAUACGUAAUCCGCGAUUGACCGGCAGAAUCUAAUUUUAGAACGAUGGCACUUCGAGGGGUAAUCGCCACGUCUAGGUUAUUGCGCCACCUGCGAGGAAGUUCUGCGUACCUUAUCAAGCUGGAACCGUCGUCAUCAUUGAUAACGCGCGCAUCAGGUCAAUGCCAGCAGCAACACUUUCGCACCAUCUACCAAGGAAAGAAAUCGCAAAAGGCGGUCAGUGUCAGUGUCAGCGAGCUUGGAGUGGAAUCUUCGACGACUGCGAUAAGGUCGGCAAUUUGUCUUCGUCAGGAAGGUGAUGAGUUGCUGGUGGUGGAGCUGGUCAAUGGUCAAAAGCAUGAGUUCCCACUAGUUUGGCUACGUGAUAAUUGCCAAUGUUCGGGGUGCUUCCAUCCGGGAUCGCACAGUCGAAUUCUGAAUUGGGAACUGUUCGACGUGGAUAGAGUGCAAUUGAAGGCGUGCUCGGUGGAUGAAGAUGGUGGGCGUGUACAGAUCUUGUGGAGUGAUGGUCAUGCUUCGGAGUUUACCAGCGAGUGGUUGGUUGAGAGGAACUUCUCGGAAGAAAAUAGCAAAGAGUACUUGGAGGAGUGGUAUAGACCUCCACCGCAGCUGUGGCGGAAGCAGGAUUUUGGUGAUAUUAUGAAAAACUUUGAGUUUAAAGAUGUGAUCGACAGUGACGAUGCGUUGCGCGGGUGGAUCGAAGCGUUGAUACAGUAUGGAACCGUGAUGAUCAAGAAUGCACCGUUGACGGAGCAGGAGUGUAGGCGACUGGCGGAACGUGUUGGAUUCAUACGGAAGACGCAUUAUGGCGAAGAGUUCAUCGUCAAAGCUAAGGAGGGCACCAGCAAUGUGGCGUACCUAUCGACCCCCCUGCAGAUGCACACCGAUCUGCCCUACUACGACUACAAACCGGGCUGCAAUCUGCUCCACUGUCUGGUCCAGUCGCGCUCCGAGGGUGGCCAAAACCUGCUGGCCGAUGCUUUCGGCGUGGCGGAUUUGAUGCGUCGCGAACAUCCGGAGGAUUUUUGCGUGCUGAGCGAGACGCUUGUCAAUUGGACGGACAUCGGUGAGGACGAGGGCGGCCAGUUCCAUAGUGUUUAUCGGGCACCGGUCAUUUGCGUUGGUCGCGAUGGAAAUCUGGAGCGAAUCAACCACAGCGUCCCGCAGCGGGACAGUUUCUUCAAUGUGCCGCUGGAUCGUGUUCGGCCUUGGUACCGAGCGAUGGCCCGUUUCGUAAAGCUGAUUCACCAGGAAGCGGUGGAGUUCAAGACGAUGCCCGGGGAUAUUCUGACGUUCAGUAAUGUUCGGAUGGUUCAUGGGCGUACCGGGUACACGGACACGGAGGUCAAUACCCGGCAUAUCGUGGGGGCGUACUUGGAUUGGGACGAGAUCUACUCGAAGCUUCGGGUCUUGAAGGGGCGGCGGCUAGACGCUGCGGAAAAGGGAGAUGUGAGAUUGAACUGAGUUGGGUCGAGUUGGGAUUAAAUUUUCAAGCGAAUUUUUAUUCUCUACUCUCGCGACACUGAGAACGGCGUACACUUAUGGUUAGAGUUAGGAUAACCGUGGAAGAAUCUAGUUGCUUCGUAAAUUUGAUUAUUUGCACACAUGUUGUAGCAGACCGUAAAGGCUUACGAGAUUUGUUUAAGUUUAAGAUAGGUUCCUAACGUAGACUCUAAAACGGAAAUGAUACACUGUAAUAAAAUUCACCGUAAAAUCACAA